CUCCUCCUAGCUAGUUGCAACUGCCUCACUCCCACUUCUUUAAAUUCCAACCAUUGUAUUCCUCAUUCUUUCAAUCUCAAAACUCAGAGUAUCAGCUCUUCAGCAUACUUUAAACUUUAACACAACACACUAGAAACUCCUACUCUUGGGAGUAUUGUUUCUAAACUGGAAUUCUCUGUCAAGAGCGCUCAGAGAGUUGAUUAUACAAUGAAUGGGAAAAAUGGCAGUACAAUUGAGAUCAAUAUAGCUUCCAUUACCAAAACUAACAUACCAGGAACUAUAAAGAGAUCAGGUGAUGUGAAAGUCUCGUGUAAAGGAUGGAUUUCAAUUCUCUGGGAGUUCUGCAAAGAAGACAGGAACAGAGUAAUAUUCUCCUUGAAAGUAGGGCUCGCUGUUCUACUUGUCUCUCUACUCAUACUAGUUCGAGCACCUUACAAAGAAUUUGGUACAAGCAUCAUCUGGUCCAUCCUCACUGUUGCCAUAAUGUUUGAAUACACAGUUGGUGCUACAUUCAAUCGAGGGCUCAAUAGAGCUCUAGGAAGCCUGCUCGCUGGAGUACUAGCUAUUGUUAUAACUCAAAUAGCCUUGAGCUCUGGCACUACUGCUGAACCUUAUAUAAUUGGUAUCAGCAUCUUUAUAAUCGGGACUGUUACAUCAUUUAUGAAACUAUGGCCAUCACUUGCACCAUAUGAGUAUGGUUUCAGAGUUGUCCUCUUCACAUACUGCUUAAUUGUAGUUUCUGGAUACCGUAUGGGAAAUCCAAUCAUAACGUCUAUAGACCGACUAUACUCAAUAGCUAUAGGAGCUAUUGUCGCAGUUCUAGUGAAUGUCCUAAUUUUUCCCAUAUGGGCUGGUGAGCAGCUGCACAAGGAACUAGUCAAGAGUUUUAAUUCAGUUGCUGACUCGCUUGAAGAAUGUGUGAGGAAAUACCUAGAAGAUGACGGAUCAAAUAAUCCUGAAUUCUUCAAAACAGUCAUAGAUGAGUUCCCUGACGAGCCAGCAUAUAAAAAAUGCAGAUCCACACUGAACUCCUCUGCUAAACUCGAGUCCCUGGCAGUUUCAGCUAAAUGGGAGCCCCCACAUGGCCGGUUCCAACACUUUUUCUACCCUUGGUCAGAAUAUGUAAAAGUUGGUGCAGUACUAAGAUAUUGUGCAUACGAGGUUAUGGCACUUCAUGGUGUUCUUCACUCUGAAAUUCAGGCACCCUUCAAUCUGAGAUUAACAUUUCAGACAGAGAUCCGAGAGGCAACAAAUCAAGCUGCAGAGCUAGUUCGAUGUUUAGGAAAAAACAUAAAUGAGAUGACGAGAAGCCUCAACACUGACCUAAUAAGAUGCGUUCAUAGCUCAACAGAACGACUCCAACACGCCAUUGACCUGCAUUCCUAUCUCCUUGCUUCUAGUAACGAUGCACCAGAUAACUCAGCUAAGCUACUUCCCAAACUCUCUAGAACUUUUACGCCCACCCUCUCUGAACUAUCAGAGCAACUGGCUGAACUUGACACUGAAGCCUCAGAGCUUAAACUUUCUCCAGCUGGCCAAGACACACCUGUAAUGAUUCCCGUGACACCACGUGUUGAAUCUUACCAUGAGAUGACGAGGAAGCAUUCAAGAAGACUCCAUUCUUGGCCGUCUAGGGAGGUAGAUGCUUUUGAGGAGGAAGGAGGGCUUGAAACAAACUCUGUUACCCGAAUGAAGGCCUUGGAGAGCACCACAACACUGUCACUUGGCACCUUCACUUCUUUGAUAAUUGAAUUUGUCGCUCGGCUUGAUCACUUAGUUGAAGCAGUUGAUGAGCUCUCCAAGAUGGCAAAAUUCAAGGAUGAGAUUCUGUAAAAAGAAGAAUACUGUGAGUCCUAAGUUGGACAAUAUUAAAAUAAAGUAACAAAUCCUAGCAUUGUAUUUGUAUCCUUGUUGACACCUCGCUUCUAAGGUCGAGUGUUCAAGUCUCAGUGGAGACAUGUGUUUGAGUAUCAGGUCGGGCCCUGACAAACCCCCUAUUUUCCUAUCCCAGUAAAGAAUACCCUCGCAUUAUAUACAUGCCUGGGCACCAACCAAUCUACCAUUUUUUUUUUAAUCUCUGUAACCAUUUUAUAAACUUGUCAAUGCCAUAUAUUGUAUGC